AUGGACCUUCCUGAAACGGCAAGAAGCGCCAUUGACAGAGAUGCAACACAAGGUGCUCGCCAGCUAGCAGAGCACACUGAAAAGAUCACUAGGUCCGCACGGGCUGAUAAUAAAUUAGCCUUUUCCAAGCACUAUGUUCCUCAGUCAAAACGUCCGAUUGUGAAGCCACGACAGGCAUCUGGAACGACUCUUAAAGUUCCUAUGCUGCUAAGUGGGCUGAGCGCUAGCCAUCAAGAGCACGACGUUUCCCAAAAGUCCAGUCGCUUGAUAACGACUGAUCGACUUCACCCUACAUCAGAGCUAGCAAAGAUUUACCAAGAUGGCACCGUUGGUGGAACAGAUGCUAAGUGGCGUGAUGUGGAGCUCAAGGGCUACGAGCCGGGACCACCAGUACGCUAUAUGUCUGCAGCUCAGCGCACCUCUGCGACUCUUAGACUGGGUUCAAGCGGGCGCCCACCCUCUGGUUCAAAGCGCAAUGAUAUUAGAGCCGUUGGGCAGCUUACCUAUGAAGAGACAGAAGCAGGCAUUACCAUGGACCCAGCCAAAAGCUUUCUAAGUGGCUUUGAUGAUAGUCAAAUGGUAGAUGAAAUUCUCACUGAGCGAAAUCUGGCCGGAACCCCUGGUUCAGCAACCCCACGCUCUAAUAGGUCUGGCUCCCGACCUUCCUCUGGUGCACCGACAAUGUCAGAGAAGAUUGGGCGCUUGAUGAGGCCGCGAACAGCAGUACUUGAUCUUGACCUCCCGAGAAUGGAGCACUUUCGGCCAGAUGCACGUGUGGACGCCGUUGUUCAGGCCCUUUCUGAUUUCUCAAAAGAUUAUCCAGUGUACCAGACUGAGGAAAGCUACAACAUCAUUCUUAAGAGCAUUAGUCGAGACUUGUAUAGCUACAAGCUUCUAGCGAGAGGUAUCAUUCCUCCGGAUAUCAGAGAAGAAGGAAGCACAGAGAAGGAACUCAUUCAGUCUAUCCAGUCUUUCAGGAGUAUGCUUUUGAAGGAUGAAAACGAUGGCUUCCUUCCACUAGAGUUUUUCGACGCAGAAGAGAUCUAUGAUAACCAUUCUCCGACUGAGUGGCUCACGAUGCAUCAGCGUACAUUUAAGCUACCUGACGAACAGCGGCUCAAGGGAACACCGGCACGAUCUCGCUAUGUAACCACGGUUGGCGGGCAGACUGUUUUUCUAUUAGAGCCCGUGGUCGUGCAGAAUUACGAUGAAGAGACUAGAUGCUUCGGCGUUCAAUGGUUACCUAAAGGGUCAGUAAUGCUUCCUAGAGAAGAAGAUGACUUGUUGUGUAGACACAUCUUUUGCCUUAGAACUAUAGAUGCAAAUAAUAUCCACAGACUUGACUACACAAAAGAUUCAGUAACCUUUACCGAUUGUCACACGGUGACUGUCGGGGUGACCAAGAAUGUCAAGCGGCUGAACCUGCUUUUCGACGACGAAGAUGAGAGAAUUUGGUGGCAACGAAGAUGGGCUGCCCACAUGCUUCGCCGGAAAAUUGAAGCAGUGUCUAAGCUUGGGCUUUUUCUUAAGAUCUACAUGGAGAGGGCUCUGAAGUUUAAGACUAUGCGCACCGAGCUCAGCUGUUAUGCGCCCACUCAUAUUCCUCCCGAUUUUGAAGCAACUCCGCUUCUCGAGAUACUCUCAGACGUUUCGGGUCCAACUUCUGAAAUAAUAGACAACAUAUUUCAUAAGUACUGCUUAAGCAAUCCCUUAUUUGUGAGCUUCUUCCUCAGUCAUUUAUCAAAGGCGGAUUACUCUAAGGCACUGACUCGUGCAGAGCAGUUGGUGCCAGACGUCACAGCCAAUAUUAUCGAGUCCAACAUGUUAGCAAGCAUCGACUACCUUCGCCGCUCUGCACGGUUUGAUUCUAGUAUCCAAACAAUCGGAUUAUGCGCGCCAUUCUUCAUAACUGAAGGCGAUAAGUUCAAGCUCCUUACACAGAAGCGCUUCAUAGCCACCCUUUCGGGCGAGUUUCUCCCUUCCCAGCCAGUAACAAGUAUUCUGCGCUAUCUGAAACGUCGUUGCCGUCAGGAACGCCGCCUUUUCUCGGUAUGUGCUGGCUAUAACAAGGCCUACAGACUCCUUCAAGAGGAGUGUCUCUCACUUCAGUGUAUGGAAGGGCUCCUGCUUUUCAAUGUUGCUGGGGUUGCUCCGUUUAUUGCCCAGGAUCAGAUUUGCGUUAUCAAGUCGGGCAUAGGAGGUGGAAUCCAAGCAGAUAAGGAGUCUUAUCGAAUAAAGCUCAUAGUAGAAGAUGAUGAGACAAAGCCCAAGCCAAAGCAAUCUGGAAAACAGAAGGUAUCAUCUGGAAAACGAAAACUAGCUGUAGCAACAGAUCAAGAUGAGAUAGCCAGUGAUGUAGAGAAUGCAGACAAAAAUGCCGAAGAAAAAAGUGACGACAGUACAGAUGACAUGACAAACAUCCCAUUCUAUGCCGCACCUCUUUCAGUGGCCAAAAAUACGUUGGAUCUGGGUGUCGUCUCUCCAGGCUGUCCAUUUCUUCUUGAUCGUUUCGUACUUAUGUCCAGGUGUCAUAGAGCACGCAUGAUUAGCUAUCUUCGUGAUACUUUGCACGUUGAUCUUUCAGCGUCAAUUCUUUUGGCGUUGAACGAGGUUGGGAUAGAUGUUUAUAUUCCAAAUAGGUUGCUGAAAGAAUACAUUGACUACGAGUCGCAGAUUCAUGGCUACGAGCUUUAUAUGGAGUUAUACGGAGAUCGCUACCUGUUUGACAACGCCAUGGAGCCUGUUCAGAUGCUUAUGCUAACAGGAACUGAUCGCAAUGAUCUACAAGGAUCGGCAGCUAUGCUGCGGAGUGCUACUGCCAAUGCCUCGCUCUUGGAUGUUAAAACUCCUGACGAGGACAAAGCCGUCACAGACCUUUUGCACGUUAAUGAAAUAGAUGAGCUAAGACGCUCCAUUAUAGGAUUUGAUAGUAAAAGCCUUGCAAUCACGAUUACAGAUCGUUUGAACAAGCUAAGAACUACGAAUACACUUGUGGAUGACCCUGCUAUGUCCGUGGGUGCCACAACUAAAGAUAAGACUACCAAAUUAAAUCAAAGAAUGACGGAGGACAGCGACACAUCAAACUUCUCCAUGUUUAGCGACAUGCGUCCAUCCAAUACUGUUAAUAACGAAUCAAUGAGUCUCAGAAAGGCUUGUCAGAAACACCGGCCUCAACCGCGCUCAGGAACACCGACCGAAUAUGAUAAUAGCGUAGCCUUGAGCUCAAAUUUAGAGAACGACAUUUUAGAUGGCUCUACUCUGGAGCAGCGAGCCUCUGUGUUGGUCACUGACACCCAUAAUAAUAGUGCGAAAUACUUGCUCAACGGAAACCUUUCGGCAAGAGGCCGUGUGCGGGAUUCAGCCGAUCUCCUGGCGUUUUCGCGGCUCGUUAACAUGAUGAGAUAUGAUAGUAUUAUGGAGGUCAGUAAGAACAGCAUUUUCCGCUAUAUGGAUAUGUUGCACUUAUUCAAAGGAUCCAAUAGAAUCAGCUAUAACUCUGUCAAGGAGCAUAUUACCUCCAUGUUUAGCAACUUCUCCAAAAAACGCUUCUCUGUUCAAGAGGCCAAAGAUAUCAUAGACAAGGCUGCGCAGCCUAUAUUUGAGUACGUGCCAUCCACUAUGGUAACUAGCUCCCUCAUUCAGCUCUUUAUUGACUUUGAUGCUGUUGUGCGCGACAUUGCACCCCUCGAUAAGAUGACCACUGGAACGAUUCAAACGUUCACCUCCUUUAGCCUCACAGAUUCAAAGCUAGACUCACUGAGCCCAUCCAAGACAUAUCCUGCCUCUGCUAUCUCUCAAGGCCUUGACAUACCUUUGAUUGAUGCAGACUUUGAUAACAUGCCGACAAGACCUGUUGUGACUAUUGAUGAAUUCAUGCAAAACUUGGAUAUGGCUCCCCAGGCAUCCAUGACCUCUACAUCCAUGAUAACGGAGCAGCAGGAGCAUGUGUACUCGAGGCACACCCAGUUUAAUGCAUACUCUAACUAUGUAGAGAAUUUGAAGGUUCACUUUAAACGUGCGCAGUACCCGACGCUUGUUGGCCUAGAAUUCUCCAUCUUUCCCUCUAUCUCCGCAAUAGAAUCUGCAGUGUAUGACAAUUAUGCUCAAAUCAUUCAGACAACAUGUGAGAUACCACUGAUAGAAACAUCCAUGCCCUGCUUUGAGGGCGAUCCAUACUACGCUAAAACUGGCACCCUGCUCGGGCCUGAUCCCGUGCAUAGUCCCUGGCUUAAGGAGAAGCACGAGGAGCUGCUUCAGUAUCUCCACGAAUCGUCCGUCGGGCCGCAGUGCGUCUUGGAGGUGCUUCGGGCCAUAUAUCGCCAGCUGUUCCUCGUGGACCAUACUGAUUAUAUAGAUAGAGAAAGCUUUCAGUCAUUCUUACAGCAGAACAGUACGUUUAGCGAGAUAGACUAUUUCGUUAAGCUAAUGCCUCCGUUAGAUGAGUUCCAUAACGUUGCACUGGUGGAAGAGGACGUUAACAACGAAGAGGAUCUCUUCCUUGUUGGCUUUGACGGGUGGGACUAUGACUUUGUCGAUAGCGAGCAGCAGAAGCGUAACUUGAAGGAGGCCGAAAAUAAGGAGCGGGCACAGGCUGCAAAAGAAAAGCAUCACGAUCAUGAGUCUAGCGAGGCAGAUGACGCAGAUGACGAGAACGAUGAUCAACACGACGACGCACUGAAGGCACCUACCACUACCGAACAUGGAGGGACCGGAGAUGCAAGGGAACAGGCCGUCACCGUUAAGAUAAAUAACACCUGCUUGUCACUGAGGGACUUACGGAGCUUUCUGCUCAAAUACACAGCACUAAAGGAGCUCUUGCGGAAGUUCCCACCCAAGAUAAACUGCGGGCUUUAUCAGGUGGAUUGCACAAAGAUACUCGAUAUUUUUGUAAAGCGUUGUCAGAUGCUGCGUGCCCAGGUGGCGAGGGUCAUUCACUUCCGUGCCAUUGGCUACUCCAAUCGCUUGAUUCAAGAGUGGGACGAGCUGAGGGACAAAAUGACCACAGAUACUACCACCUCCACAGCCAUAUAUGCAGAAAUACGCGCAUAUGUCAAUAAUAUAGAAGCAACAGUCGCUGCCAUGCAAAAGCGCCAUCAAAUUCUAGAUAGGUACAUGGGUGUUUUGGACGAAUUUAGCAUCUCAACAUCAGACUUUUAUAAGUGUCUUAAUCAUUAUGAGGAGACACUUGUCAAGUUUGCGCUGGAGAAGUCUCAGGGACAAUACAGCAAGCUGGUUGACAAGUACAAGACACGCGUGGCUUACCUUUAUAAUACACCAGAUAAAUAUGGGGACAAGGACCUUGCCACAUUGUACUGGACAGUCCGGGCAAAACCAGUGGGAGUCAUUAACAGCAAGGAGGGUGCUGAGCGGAGACUCCAGGAAGCAUUUGCUAUCCUGGCGAAGGUGAAGGACGCAGAGCGCGCAGAUCUAGCAGAGCUCAUGGCAAAAUAUAAGGCAAUGACUGUCAGCUUUGCUCAGCGCGCAAAUCUCAACGAAGCACCACAGUUUGCCGAUGAGCUAGUCAGCAUACAGAACUACCGUGAGAAAAUAGACCAGAAGGUGGAGGUUUUCUUACUCGAGGAAUCUCAGUUGGGCUUCCAGCCCAGUGAGUUUAAGAACUAUGAGCUCACAAACGAGGACUUCCAGAUCUUUAAAGACCUCUGGACCAUAGUAUCCUCAUUUACACACAAUUAUCCCAUGUGGUUCAGUGGAACGUUUAUCGACUUGGACCCUCGUCAGAUUUCCACCAGUAUCAAUGAAUGGGCAGGGAAUCUCCUACGUCUGCAGAAAACGUUAGCCAAGAUAGGGCGAACGGCAGGAACCUACACAAAGAUAAAGGACAAGGACAGAGCAGCAUGCUGCCAAGAUAGCAUCUCCAUCACCGUCGAGAUUAUUGCGAAGCUAGACGAAUUUCGAGGCAUUAUGCCCCUGAUCGAGUCUCUCCGUAACCCUGGUCUUAAGCCACAUCACUGGAAAGAAGUUAGUGCUUUAAGCAAGUCUGGAGUAGCUAUCCAGCCAACAGCUAGUCUUACAUUAGUUCAACUCAUUGCCGACGGCUUUUUGGAGCCAAAAACUCUUGAGCGUGUGGUAUACAUUUCAACCUCAGCAACUAAGGAGUUCGCAAUAGAAAAGAGCCUGGACAAGAUGACCCAGGAUUGGAAGAGCGUUAAUCUGGACAUGAAGUAUUAUGGAAAACACGAGGUUAUAGAAGCGUCAAACAGCAAAGGUGAUGAGCAAAAAGUCAGAGUCUACAAGUAUUACAUUGUGAAGACGUUCGAUGAAAUUCUCCUGCUGUUAGACGAGCAGUUCUCUACCCUUCAAGGUAUGCGCGCAUCCGCUCAUGCAGCCAAGUUUGAAGCACGACUUCUUGGGAUGGAGAAGAAGCUCGUCUAUCUUCAAGAUAUCGUGGAGGAAUGGACUCGUUUCCAGCGUCUCUGGAUGUACCUGGAGCCCAUAUUUACAUCGGAUGAUAUUAAACGGCAGCUGCCAGAGGAGUCAGUGAUGUUUGCCGAUACAUGCGUGUUCUGGGCUGACCAGUCUUCGGAUGCAUACAGAUCUCCCGCUGCAAUGGCCUUAGCCGGGCGCGACUAUGCGGUAGAAAAAUUUAGACAUAAUUUCAAGCAGCUAGAGAUCGUUAAUAAGCACUUGUCCAGCUAUCUUGAGAACAAAAGAAGGUCAUUUGCAAGAUUCUUCUUCCUGUCAGACGAGGAGCUACUGCAAAUUCUUGCGCAAACACGUGAUCCAGAGGCGGUUCAGCCGCAUAUCUCGAAGUGCUUUGAAGGGAUCAAGUCUCUCGGCUUUAGGCUUGAUGCAGAAGGGAAGAAGGAGAUAUUUAGUAUGAUCUCAGCAGAAGGUGAGGAGAUUACGUUCGAUGGAGCUAUUGUUCCGCAGGGAGACGCAGACGUGUGGCUCGGAGAGAUAGAGAAAAUGAUGAAGACAGUUCUCAAGCUUCUAAUUAAGCAGGCUUUUAAUGACUAUAAGCAGAAUGUCUCCGAUUUUGAGUCUCUUGAAGAGCUCAACAAGAUGCAAAUAGCUCUUCAAAACACGCUUCCUCCAGCCAUAGACGAACCUAGGGGUAGAAAGAAAAAGGCAAAAGCAGACGCUGCAGAAGCUGCUGCAGAGGAGGCAAAGCUAGAGGAACCGCUCGUUCAAACCUACUCCGACAUCAUCAUGGCGCCGCGCGAACAGUGGAUAACUAGGUGGCCUGCACAGGUGAUCAUUGUUCUUGGACAGGUUAUUUGGACGCAUGAAACAACCGUUGCAAUCAAAAAGCAGGAAGAUCUAUACAAGCGCAGUUUGGAGGAGUACAUGUUAAAGCUUAACUACGAUAUAGAUAAGAUUGUGCGAUGGGUAGGAUUUAUUCCGGGAAGCACAGAAGAAAAGGUCCCCAUUUCAAAGAAUAUCCGAGCAUUGCUAGUCAUCCUUUUGACCCUACAUGUCCAUAAUCGCGAUGUUGUCGCGAAAAUACAGAAGGCAUUCUUUAAUAAAAACGCUUCUAUCGACUAUAGCUUUAUUUGGGAGGCAGAGCUCAAGUUUAAGUACAAGCUUUUAGAGAAUGAACGAGCCCCCGCAGACGAUUACGCUCUCUACACAAAACAGGUGAAUGCAGAAAUCCCAUAUGCAUACGAGUAUAUGGGCAUUGGUACCCGGCUUACUAUUACGCCUCUUACGGAGCGAUGCUACCUGACCCUGACAUCAGCGAUUGUCAGCUUCUACGGCGGUGCUCCACAAGGUCCUGCUGGCACAGGAAAAACAGAGUCAACCAAGGAUUUGGCAAAAGCCAUCGGCAUACAGUGUGUUGUUUUCAACUGCUCAGAAGGCCUAAACACAGCCUCCAUGGGCCGCAUGUUCAAAGGCUUGGCGAUGUCUGGAGCUUGGAGCUGCUUCGAUGAAUUCAACCGCAUUGAUGUGGAGGUUCUUUCUGUUAUCGCUCAGCAGAUUUUGACGAUUCAACGUGCCAUUAGCAUGCGACAGAGGCGCUUUAUUUUCGAGGGAGCCGAUAUUAGCCUCAACUCCAACUGCGCUGUGUUCAUCACAAUGAAUCCGGGCUAUGCUGGUCGUGCCGAGUUGCCAGACAAUCUGAAGGCCCUGUUUCGGCCUAUCUCCAUGACGGUCCCAGACUACUCCUUGAUAGCCGAGGUCAUGCUAUUUGCAUGUGGAUAUCGCGAUGCAAGCAAGUUAGCUGUUAAGCUGUGCAUGAGCCUGAAGCUCAGCUCUGAGCAGUUGUCGAAGCAGGAUCACUAUGACUUUGGCAUGCGUGCACUGAAGAGCAUACUGUCCGCUGCUUCCCUUCUUAAGCGGCUUUACUAUUUAGAGCGUGAGGACAAGCUUUGUCUUCGAGCGCUCAACUCCGUCAAUGUACCGAAGUUCCUCCAGCAAGAUGUAGUGCUAUUUGAGAACAUAGUCAGCGAUCUCUUUCCAGAGUGCUUUGCCGAUAAAGUACGAGAUAGUGGCAAGAAAAAAUCACGGCUUACGAGCGCAAAACCAGAGUCCCCUCAGACCAAGGCGAAGGACGAAACUUUGGAGAAUGAGGCUUUACUAAGUAACCUUAUAGAACAAGCAGGGUUACCCGAGGUCAUCGAUCUCCACGAAGAUGAAUUAGAUGGUCAAGAAUUCGACAUCGGAUAUGUUUCAAAAGACAUAGAUGCAGAGGACUUGCUUCGUCUGUUUAUUGGAGCUGUACUGAGAGAAAAGCACCUCCACGAUUCUGUAGAUUUUAUCGAGAAAACAAUGCAACUUUACACAACACUAUCCGUUCGUCACGGGCUGAUGAAUGUUGGCAGAACAAUGUCAGGCAAGUCAACGAUCACAGACGUUCUCUCCGUGGCCCUCGGUAAUGUGCGUAAGUUCUUCACUAAAUACCCGGAGUUCGCGUCCCGCUUUUCACAUGAGGCAUAUCCACUUUUCUACCCUGUCCAGGUGUACAAGCUUAACGCAAAGUCGAUCACUAUGUCAGAGCUCUACGGAAGCUUCUCAGACGUUAGCAACGAGUGGUCUGACGGGAUAGUGAGCUCCAUAAUGCGUGAGUGCAUCAAGGAAGAGGCUGAGUAUCGUCUAAAGUGGAUAUUAUUUGACUCUCCCGUUGACGCUCUUUGGAUCGAGACCAUGAACACUGUUUUAGAUGACAACAAGAAGCUGUGUCUUACGUCUGGUGAGAUAAUUACAAUGACUGCUAACAUGACUAUCUUCUUUGAGGUUAUGGACCUAAGUCAGGCCUCACCCGCUACCGUUAGUCGGACAGGCAUGAUUUACUGUGACCGCACGCUUAUUCCACUUUUCAAUCUCUUUGUAGCUUUAAUGCAUCGCUAUCUUCCCCAGUGGUUCUUGGCUCUGGAGAUAAACACUGCAGCUACUUGGCCGUACUUCAAAGUAGUAGAAAACCCAAAUUACCAGCCAGCAGAAGGAACCCAACCUAUCCCGCCCGAAGAGCUUUUGAUGUUCCGUGCUAUGAGCGACAUCCAAUUGGCUGGCAGUUCUAACCCAUCGGCACGUGCUAUUUUAGAAGGGUAUCCCAAUCCAAUCAUGACUUGCAAGGAGAGGUUAGAGAAUUUGUUCCGUUGGCUCUUCAUUCCGCUUGCCACCACGCUAAUAAAGAUUCGCAAGCCGACUAUCUAUGCAACCACUCAUACAAUGGUGCUCACACUUAUCAAGAUAAUGGCGUCGCUUCUAUCGCACUAUACCGCGCCAGCUUCUGAUGUCGUUCUAAAUGAAGAGGAGAUAGAUGAAUAUAAAAAGCGCCUGCCGCCACUAAAGGACCCUGGUGUGCUAAUAGACGCUCUAUUUGUCUUCUCUCUGACGUGGUCUGUCGGGUCCUUUGGGGACCUAGAAACGCGUGCCCUCUUUGGAAAGCUGUUCCGGCAUCUUGCAUAUGACGUCCCGGCUGUUGCUUUGGCCAACGCAGUUUCAGCAGGUGCGACUCUUCCACCACCUAAAGAUCCCGAUUUAGAGCAAAAGAUAAUGUAUGGUACAAAGCAGCCGACGAUAAGUGGGUUCAAACUGGGCAAGCAGGAGCAUGAGGCAAUUUCUGCGAGAGCUUCAUCGGUGGAACAGUUCUAUCCAUCACUAAUGCCAGAUUUCAUGCAGUACGACAUAUAUAUUUGGCCAAUGAGUACGCCCAUCCCUUACACAGACGAUGAACGUGAAGCAGACCGUCCUGGAUAUGUCUGUCUUCCGCAUGACGUUUUCAUUAUUUCUAAGACUGCAAAGCAAUCUUUGGUGCCCGGAGAAUCCAAAGAUGCAGGUGAUACAUCUAUUACUCCUGUCGUGCUUGCGCAAUCACUUGAACUGCAGUGGGUGCCAUGGUGCAAUAGCGUUCACUUUAUCCCUACACCAGAGAUUACGUGCACCACAAACUACAUUGAUACGGUUGUCCCCCACAACGACUUCACCAGCCUUACAGCUAUUCUCAACAUCCUCAGCUCCUCGGGCUUCCCUACUCUGCUAGCAGGUCCGGGCGGGUCUGGGAAGUCGACUAUUGUCAAGAAGUUAGUUGACCUACGGUCAAAUGACAUUCUUCUUAAGUGCUGUCUUACAGCAAACACAACCUCUGGGCAGCUUCGUUCUAUUGUUGAUUCAAAGUUAGAAAAGCGUAGGCGAGGCGUGUACUCAUUUACGCGUGGAAAAAAGGCUGUUUUCUUCGUCGAUGACGCACACAUGCCCGAAAAAGAAAAGUAUGGAGCACGCCCUCCGCUUGAGGUCAUCCGCCAGCUCUUGGAAGACUAUGGGUGGUACGACAUCGAGGGAGGCUUCUUUAAGAAAAUCAUUAACAUGACGUCGAUUAUUGGCUGCACCACAAACGGCGAGAAUAUAGACGACAUACUUCCGGAACGUCUGGUACAUCACUGCUGCACCAUUUCCGUUCCGGAGUCUGCUGACGAAUCCUUUAAGACAAUAUUUACGACUCUUAUAAAGCCGCUCUUUUCAGUGAUUUCCAAUCCUGCUUCAGGGUACAUGGAACCCAUCAUAUCUGCUUCAAUUCAGUUGUACAGGAAUAUCUGCAAAGAAUUUAGACCCACACCUGUACACCCGCACUACAUUUUCUCUCCUCGAGACUUGAGUAAGGUGUUUCAAGGAAUUAUGUUAGCGGUUAAGAAUGCAGCUGUUACGUCCCAGAACUUCAACGCCUACUAUUCUCAAGAAAUUCCCAUUGUAUCCCUUUGGGUGCACGAGUGCACCAGAGUCUUUGCAGACAGGCUCGUGGACACCGAUGAUGAGAGUAAGUUCUUUACUCUACUUUCUACCGCCUGGCGCACGUGUCCUGUCACAGGAAGUCAUCCCCCUGAAAUUAAAACGAUCAUUCCGGCUGCAAUGCAAUCUGGUACUGGAAUAGAGGUAUAUUUUGGUGGCUGCCAUGCUCAGGCAGACGAAAUACCGUACAUGCAGCUUAACAUAGAAGCUCCAGAGGAGAGGGAGAAAAUUGAAGCAUAUUACUACGAUAGCCUUGAGUCAUUCAAUCGGUCGGUAGGUGCCGUUGGCAAAAUGAAAUUGGUGCUUUUCAAAUAUGCCCUUGUACACCUCAUACGUAUCGCCCGAGUGCUUUCGAUGGAUAGGGGUCAUGCCCUCUUGAUUGGAAUGCCGUCCUCUGGAAAGCGCUCUCUAACUCGGUUGGCAGCCGCCAGUCUAGCCAACUACUAUAACAGUAUGGAGCAGAUCACAGGCCCGAGCUAUGUUUACACUAGACCAUCUAGCAUCAAAAUCUUAGAGCCCUCUGGCAAAAGUGACUUUAUAGAUUGCAUCAAGGAUGCAAUUCGUUUUGCAGGCGUGGAUGCUAAUCCAACCCUUCUGAUUGUUCAGGAAGCCCUUGCAGAUAACUACGGACUAGAAUGCAUCAACUUUCUUGUUAACCUGGGAGAAAUACCGAAUCUCUGGGCCGCAGAUGAGAUUAAUAACAUAUGUGAGGUAAUGAUUGCGGAUUUGCAGAAGAAUAAGAAAGAGGGAGAAGGAGGAGAGGAUAUAAGCAAAGCACGAGUGUUUGAAGUGAUUGCUGACCGCGUUGUGCGAAAUAUGCACAUAGUGAUUGUGACGACCCCAGAGUCUCCGUCGCUUGAUAGACUAGUCACCUCUUUCCCCUCUCUCAUCGGUUCCCUCUCUGUCAACUGGUUCCACCCAUGGGAAACGGAUACAUUGCGAAAUAUCUCUAACUUCUAUCUCUCGGAGCAUGCGCAAUCCAAAGCAAUCACAGAGCUUCUUGUUACCAUGCACAGGGAUGUUGAGACUCUAAUACAUCGUAGCUAUCCAUCUUUGUCCGCAUCUCCAGCCACAUUUCUGGGGAUACUAAACACAUUUCAAUCCUUACUUACCCAGCUCACAGGAAAGCUGGACAGCGGAAAUGUACGCUAUUCAAAUGGCAUUGCGCGUUUAGCAGAGACAGAAGAAGCUGUGGGAGCUCUGAAGGAAGAGCAGACAGCAAAGCAGCCUAUUCUAGCAGCAGCACAAAAGGAGGUCAACACAAUGGCUCGAAACAUAGAUGCCCGAAAGAUCGACGUCGGAAAGGUUAAGGAGGUGGUAUCUGCUGAGGAGGCUGUUGUUAGCAAGGCUUCUGCGGAAGCUGACGCUCUUGCCGAAGACUGUGCAGAAGAGUUGCGUAAAGCAGAGCCGCUUGUUUACAGAGCGACAAAGGCGCUAAACGCACUCAAGCCAUCUGAUGUUAAUGAAGUUCGUUCCUUAGCCACGCCUCCUAAGCUUGUGCGUUUCGUAAUGGAUGCAAUCUGCAUCGUUAAAGGGAUUAAGAUAUCCAGCGCACCAGAUGCAGACAAUUGGCCUAUAGCUCAGAAAAUGCUCCGUGCCAACGGCUUCCUCCAAUCGCUAAAAAGCUAUGACGCUGAGAAAAUGCCAGAUGCAAUAGCGGCAACCCUGCAGAAGACAUAUCUUUCCUCAUCAGACUUUGACCCGGUAGCUGUGCAGAAGUCUUCCAUUGCUGCAGCAGGACUGUGUGAGUGGGUCCAUGCCAUUAUAGCAUAUUAUAAUGUCAUGAAGGAUGUCAACCCUAAGCGGCAAAAGCUGGCUUUGGCUAAUGCUGAGGCAAAGAAGCUCCAGGAUGAGCUUGCUGUUAAACAAAAGCAGCUUAAAGACGCAGAAGAUGAGCUUUCCGGACUGGAGGCAGAGGCAGCAAAGGCACAGAAGGAGCUACAACGUCUCUCGUCAGAGUUUGAGCUUUGUACAAAUAGAUUGACCCGUGCAGAGGGCCUAAUUUCAGGCCUCUCGGGAGAAAAAGUACGGUGGAGCGCGGAGAUAGAUAAGCUAGAAAAGCAGAAAACCAACAUCUUGCCAACUGCGGUCUCAGCCACCUCAUUUUGCGCAUGUCUCGGAGGAAUAGAUUUUGCUGAUAGAGACUCUCUCUACAAGAAGUGGUCAGCAGAGAUCUCUGCAACAUUCCCGGGAGUCGAGGAUUCCAUUAAGAAUUUCAAGCUGCAUGAAACGUUAGCAGAGCAGGCCUUUAUAAGUCGGUGGGUUAGUAAUGGCCUUCCUCGUGAUUCAUUUAGCUUAACAAGCGCCUGCAUCGCAAUGUCUAGCAAGAAGGUGCCUUUGCUUAUUGAUCCGCAAAAUCAGGCGCGUAAGUGGGCUGCAACUUGCUUGGGUCAGGACAUGCGUCAGCAGCCAUCCGUGACUUCUCAGGUCAUCCGCAUAGCCGACCCCAAUCUCCACAAAGUUAUAGAGCAGUGUCUCCGAACAGGUACAAUGCUCAUUAUUGAGGGCAUUAGCAACAACUCGUUCAUCCGUAAUGAUGCCCGCAUUAAGGCAGCUAUUGUGGCCCAUAAUCUUAUUAUGUCUCUGACAUUGCAAUCUGAAGAGCUUAGAGCAGUGGAAGUACGGUUUGGGGAUUCUACCAUAGAAGUUCCCCCGACGUUUGGUCUCAUUCUGGUCAGCAUGUGCGACAUCCACAUCCCUCCGGACUCCUUCGGCGACUUCACAGUUGUGACCUUCAAGGCGACAAAGGAGGCACUGGAGGACCUUCUUCUAUCUGUUGCGGUGGAGUGCGAAAAACCAGAACUGGAGAAUCAGCGAAAGCAUCUACAAGCAGCAGCGGCAGAGGAUGCGACCACGCUUUUGACUCUAGAGACACAGCUGUUGAAUCUAUUGUCGGAAUCGCAAAACAGCGAGGAGGGCCAAACCCUUUUGGACAAUGCUGUCCUUGUUAACGCACUGAAUGAGACCCAGCAGCGCGCGCUCGAUAUCUCUCGGCGCAUGAUCAAGGCAGCCAAGACAUCUGCCGACAUAGAUGCGGCGCGAGUGGGAUACAGAUCUCUGGCGAAUGACGCCAGUGCCCUCUACUUUGCCUUCCAGAGACUCGUGCAACUUGACUCGAUGUAUGAAAACUCCCUGCAGAACUUCAUAGCUCUAUUCCGCAGUGUUGUUACUGCUGGAAAGAGUAUUGAAUCUGCAGACAGGCUCCACAUCAUAUCCCGUAACUUUGCAGAGAAGCUCUACACGUACGUUUCUCGCGGCUUGUUUGUGCGCCACAAGCUAGCAUUUGCAUUUGAUAUAUGUCUCAGCCUCCAGAGAACCAGCGGCGAGAUUAGCAAUGAGCAGUUCAAUCUGCUAUUGGGCGCCCUGGGCGGGACCAUUCCAGCCAAGGAAGCUCCCUCGUCCAAGCUCCUUAGCUCUGUAACCGACGACGAGUGGACUCUCUUUUCUGCGGCAUGCAGUAGUAGGGCCUUUGAUGCCCUUGCACUGGAUGCGGAUAGCAUCGAAAGGUACUCCAAGCUUCUUGGGUCUUCCCCGUCCUCCACCUCCACUACCGUUGUAGAUCGCACUUCGGACUUAAGACAGACGGACCCGUUGGCAUAUGUCAUCUUCUGUGCAUGCCUGGACCGAAAGAAUCUUCUUGAAGCCGUCAAGGCGUACAUUCGCGCUGCCCUGGGACCAGAGUUCGUCAAUACUGAAGCGGCGAACAUCGUAGACAUCUGUGCAGAGGCUACGAACACAACACCGGUUAUAGUGCUCCUCAGUCCAGGCUCCGAUCCGUCAAAUACAAUCAUGGGUCUUGCGGAUGCAAAGUCCAUUAGGGUGCACAGCGUGUCGCUGGGCCGGGGCCAGGGGAUUAUUGCAGAGAAGGCAAUUGCGGAGGCCAGCAUCAACGGAGAGUGGGUCCUUUUAGGAAACACACACCUCGCCGGUUCGUGGCUCCAGAGGCUGGAAUCCAUCUGUGACGCCAUCAGCGACAGGAGCUACAACCCUCGUGGAGCUGAGCAGAGUCGUUCAGACCCGACCGUUAAGUCCGAUAAGAAGCAGAAAACACCAGCCUUUGAAAUUCAUAAGGACUUCAGGCUUUACCUCACAACCAUACCGUUCCCGCAAUUCCCCUCUUCUAUCACACGCAACAGUACGAAGGUCUCAACAGAGCCUCCUCUUGGGCUCAAGAACAGCGUCCUGCGGCUCUUUAACAGCUACGAAGAGGCUGAGCUUUCGGUAGCCACCACAAUCUUCAAGAAGGCAGAGCAGGAUGGUUUUGCUGGAAACUUCGAUGCGCUCCGGGCAACGGACCCCCUGAAGAUCGCAUAUGUGGCCGACAGAAAGUACAAGAUGCUCCUCUGGAACCUCUCCCUGUUCUUUUCGGUUGUUUUGGAGCGCCGGCGAUUCGGCACCAUCGGUUUCAACUCGCCUUAUGACUGGUCCGACCCAGACCUGCACAUAUCCAAGACGCAGCUGCUUACUAAGUUCCAGGAGAUUGCAAUCUGCGAUCCAGCCAGCUUCCAUACAAAGGUUAACGCCGCUAUGGCAGCCCUCAGGUUCCUGACCGCAGAGAUCAACGUCGGUGGCCGCGUAUCGGAUGGAAAGGAUAGGCUCUGUGUCAAUUCAUUGAUGUCUGCCUUUUAUGCCGACGAUUUGAAGUCUCUAGGAAAGACUGUUAACGACACAUACGGAUUCCCCUCCCAUCUGUCGAUCACCCGCGAGAACAUUAUCGAGCACGUCACAGAAAAGUGGCCAGAUAACGACCUGCCCGAAAUAUACGGGCUAGACAGCAACGCUACCAUCUUUCUGGCGCAAAACUCCGGAAAGGAGCUUUCUGACAUUAUGCUGAAGAUGCACAGCCACUCAGAAGGCGGAUCUGCCACGCGCUCGCCCAGCUGCUCCACUGGAGGCGAGCUGGCACAGAUCAACGCCAUUCUUAACGGUCUGCCGGCCCUGUUUGACGAGGAGGCGGUGAACGAGAAGUACCCCACCAACUACUACCAGUCCAUGAACACAGUCCUUGUGCAGGAGUGCGCUCGCUAUAACAAGCUGCUGCGGAUAAUGAGGAGCACCCUGGUCAACGCAGAGCGGGUGAUCAAGGGGCUCAUUAUCAUGACGAAGGAGACAGAGGGAGUCCUGGACGCGAUGCAGCUGAACCAGGUGCCGAGCGUCUGGGAGGCGACCGCGUGGCCAUCAGUCAUACCCUUGUCGCGGUGGAUUGUGGAUCUGCAGGAGCGCGUGAGCUUUAUCAGAAGCUGGACCGUAGAAGGGGUUCCCAAGGUUGUCUGGUUCUCCGGCUUCAGCUAUCCGCAGGCAUUUCUGACGGGCAUUCUACAAAACUACGCCAGGCGUGCUAAGAUAGCAAUCGACGAGCUGGUCUUCGACUUCCAGGUAACCAGCGAGCCCGUGGAACUGGAGCAUGCCAUGACAAUAUCCGGGCUCUUUCUCCAGUGCGCCUCCUGGUCGGAAGCGGGUCUCGCCGAUGCUCGGCCAAAUGUCCUCUUCGAGGAGAUGCCGAACAUCGUGCUAAUCCCAACCAGAAAUACAGACCUUGAAGUCAGCAAUCGUUACCCAUGCCCAGUCUACCGUACAAGCCUCCGCCGGGGAGUUCUGACGACCACCGGGCACAGUAGCAACUACAUAUUGGACGUUCUUCUGCCAAGCAACGAGCAUGUGAACAAGUGGAUACGCCUUGGUGUGGCGCUGUUCCAGCAGAAGGAUUAG